UUCGGCAGGCAACAAAUUAGCGUAGGAAGAACGUGGGUAUCAGUACCCAGCCUAUGCCUGGCGCCAGCUUUGGCCAUCCCCCCCCCUCAGCAUGCCCGGGCUUCUCGCAUGCGCCGCAUCUGGGGCCAUGGUUUUUUCUGAGUGAUGGUGUGGUAAACAGCCGUUUGAUGCCACCACCACCACUUUUGCGACACCAUACAUACACAUUCCAUUCUUCGAUGCUCGCCCUUUCCUCCACCGCUCUUAUUUUCGUGCUCACAGCCGACUUCUCUUACAUUGUAGCCGCUUCGAAGACUACCCGCCGUUAAAAAAUCAUUUCUCUCAGCAACCCAGGAUUAGCGGUAGCGUUUCCCCACUAAGAGUUCCUCGAACGCAUAGCUGCGACCGCGAAGAACAAACAGCGCUGCGGCUCUUGCACUAGCAACAGCGUUGACUUCGCCCGUCGGGUUCUAUAUCGAUCUACAUGGCUUAGCCAGUUCCCUAACAAUAUCGACAACCGCCCACCGUACUAGCAGAUCCAUUGCACGCCGAAACAAAGUCCGGUGUCGACCUGGUCAUCUUGACUUUCAACCCACCACACCACAAGCUUCUAAACAGCCCAUGCCACCGCUAUGGAAGGAAUAUAUUCUCCAGCACAGCUAAAUCGCCAGAAGCAGCAACGCCAGCCGAAUGCUGGUGGUUCAAGUGCCCCGAUCGGCGCGCUACCCAACGAAAACACCAACGACAACAUGGUGAUAGAUGACCAGCCACAUAUAUCACGUCAGAGCAGCGUGCAGCAGCAAUAUCCUUCCGCCGCCGCUCAAAACCAUCCUGAUGACGUUAUGAUGUACGCAAAUCAGCAGAACACGGGUACCUACCCAUAUGCUGGCCAAGUGCCAACAUCAAUUUCUGCAAUCGAUACCACAAAUGUCGGACCGUAUGGAAAUGGACAAGCUGCAUACUCGGCUUCGACACGAGAACUUAUGGGAACUAUGAUCUCCCCGCAAUUUGCCGACAUGGAUAUGGCAGCCAUGUUCCAGUCACCUACUGCCUCAGCACAGUACCCUACCCCCGCGUCAGCAUAUUUCGACAUCAAUAACAGACAACCGGGUGGAACGACACCGCUUGGCGCCAACACACCGUCGAGCUCCGUACCCAGCAGCAAUGCUCCUUCGAAAAUGGAUAAACCGGUGAGCGGUCCAGAGUUGGGUUUGAGAACCACGGAAGCUCCCCAGGCUCCUGCCGCACCGGGAGUGAUGGAUGAGCCAACAGGACUGUCACGGGAAUCAUCAACAGCACCCAAAACUGCGCCAGAUCCGAUUCAAGCUACAAACUCGUCAGUGAACAGGCCCUUUAUUGGCCCCGCCAGAGAGAAGACAAUGUACUCCAAAAGUGGGUUUGACAUGCUCAAGGCAUUGUGGCUGGUCGCCACAAGAAAGAAUCCCAAGGUCAACCUUGGAGCUGUAGACAUGUCAUGCGCUUUUGUAGUCACAGACGUGACUAUGAAUGACUGCCCGAUUGUCUAUGUAUCCGACAAUUUUCAAAACCUCACAGGCUACAGUCAGCAUGAUAUUGUUGGGCAAAAUUGUCGCUUUCUUCAAUCGCCGGACGGCAAAGUUGAAGCAGGAAAGCGCCGCGAAUUUGUUGACAAUCAGUCCGUCUACAACCUUAAAAAAUCCAUUGAAGACCGUGUUGAAAUACAACAGAGUUUAAUCAACUAUCGCAAAGGUGGCAAACCGUUCCUAAACCUCCUCACGAUGAUUCCUAUCCCGUGGGAUACCGAAGAAAUUCGAUAUUUUAUCGGGUUUCAAAUCGAUCUAGUUGAAUGUCCUGAUGCCAUCGCAUCUGGUCAAGAGCUCGGUCGCAUGACUGUCAAUUACAAGCACACUGACAUUGGUCAAUAUAUCUGGACACCGCCAAAUUCCAAGUACUGGGAAGUCGACAAUGGACAGACACUAGGUGCCGACGAUGUGUCAACAUUACUUCAGCAGUUCAACCCAACAGGUGUCGUUUCCGAUUGGCAUAAGCAAUCAUGGGACAAAAUGCUGCUAGAAAACAGUGAUGACAUCAUUCACGUUUUGUCCCUGAAAGGCCUAUUUCUUUACCUAUCACCGGCUUGUAAACGUAUUCUUGAAUACGACGGAGCAGAACUGGUUGGAAAUUCUCUCUCUUCGAUUUGCCACCCUUCCGAUAUCGUUCCCGUUACUCGCGAGUUGAAAGACGCCACAGCAGGAAGCCAAGUUAAUAUCGUCUUUCGCAUCAGGCGCAAACAAAGCGGUUACACAUGGUUUGAAAGCCGUGGGUCCCUUUAUGUCGAGCAUGGCAAGGGACGCAAAUGUAUCAUUCUCGUCGGCAGGAAAAGGCCAGUGUUCGCUCUCAGCCGGCGCUAUCUCGAUGCCCAUGGCGGCAUUGGGGACAGCGAAAUUUGGACCAAGAUGUCCACUUCGGGCAUGUUCCUAUUUGUAUCAUCUAACGUACGAUCGCUUCUUGAUCUCCAUCCAGAUGAACUUGUCGGAACUAGUAUACAAGAGCUUAUGCGUAAAGAGUCGCGUCCCGAGUUUGGUAGAGCUAUGGAGAAAGCUCGCCGUGGUAAGAUUGUGACUUGCAGGCACGAGAUGCAGAACAACAGAGGCCAAGGGCUGCAAGCACAGACAAUUCUAUAUCCCGGUGACGCUACUGAGGGCCAAAAGCCAUCAUUCUUUCUCGCGCAGACACGACUUGUUAAGUCGAUGACACGCAAUAUCUCGUCGCCUACCAGCGCUGGUGAUGGUUCCACAGCCAGCGAGUCGCAAGGCAGACGCGGAACCAUAUCUGAAAUCCCCGGCGGUGGCUUGGUGCCUGGUGACCAAGACGAAGCAUUAGCCUCCGACGACAAUAUUUUCGACGAGCUCAGAACGACAAAGUGCUCUAGCUGGCAGUUUGAACUUCGCCAAAUGGAGAAGGUAAAUCGAAUCUUGGCUGAGGAGUUGGCUGGUCUGCUUUCCAACAAGAAGAAGCGCAAGAGACGCAAGGGCGUGGGCAACUUUGUGCGCGACUGCGCAAACUGCCAUACUCGCAGCACUCCGGAGUGGCGCCGAGGACCAAGCGGCCAGCGAGAUCUCUGCAACAGCUGCGGCUUACGAUGGGCCAAACAGAUGGGGCGAGUCUCUCCUCGAACAUCAUCUCGCGGAAGCGCAGAUGGGAAAACUAAAAAGUCACGAUCUCCCCUCAACUCUUCACCUCUGCACAAGGAAGUCCCUGCUGAGCAGAAUGCUGGCACCACUGUCCCAACUACCCAAGAUGCACCCGCGCCAGCGACCUCCAUGCUGCCGCCAAGUGCGCCUCUUGCGUCUAGUGCCGUCAGCACAGCUGGCAUGACUUCAAUACGAGAGGAGCGAGAAACCAGCUAAAAGUAAUUCUAUUCCUCUCGCCCUGUCUCCCUACAGUGGGCCGCUAUGCACUUAUCCUCGUCCUGUCGCCCCUUCAUCUUUAUCACCUUUUUAUAUACAUUUUUCACGUCAUGGUCGAAACUCAAAGCACACGAUUCGAACGACACGACAUAACGAACACGACUUUAGUCAGCCGACGCUUCUGUUAUAUAUUCCUUCUUCUAUCACUACGUUUUCUUAAUCGGGAUUCUCGGCGUCCCGAUGGAUCAUGUGUCCAUGAUCAUUGAAUCCAUUCUCCUUCUUUUGCGUCUUGGUGGCGCAUGUGAGGCGUUCGUUUUGCGCCCUCUUUAUUCAGAGCAAAUACCCUUUACUUUUACUUUUAUAUGUCAAAGAGAAUCCUGCGCUAGGUUCUCCCGUAUGGUGUAGAAUUAAAUCCAAGGAAUUGUCAUUAUUUUUGGGAACUUGACAGGUCGAUUGGACAAGGCAGGAACACAUGUUUGGUUACAAAGGCGGGUGCUACCAGUGUAUACUAACUUAUUGUGGCGGGCAAUCCUUGCUUUUUCUAUUAAAUUCUCAAUCUAUCAAACUCUCAAAUGAAAUUCUAUAUCUCUACUACUUUAGAGCUGCCUAAAGCUCGUCUUUCGUAUGUACCGGGUCACGCAUCGCGCGGCUCUUUGUGUUGAUCUCCUCUUUGCGUGAGCGCUUAGCCACUGCCGCAAUUUCAUCGUCAUACACUGUCCAUUCAGGAACCUGUCUUCUGGCACGGUCGAGCUUGGGCUCUUUAGUCUGCGGGUUAUUGCAAAGAUCGAUAGUGCGAGCCUGGGCUUGGCUCUCGUCGCUGCACCAGGUUUCGCACCAUAGCCACUCUUGUGGCAGGCUGUGAAUGGGAAGCUGGAACUGCAUGUGGUUAGGCAGAUCCUGGUCAAGAUUAGCCAAAGAGUUAGGAUCGGCGGAAAGCUGAUGAUAUUGCUGGCGCAGACGGUCGCCGGCAGCAAUCUCUCGGAAGCGGCGAAGAUCGACAACAUAGAGCGCGCUAAUAUGGUAGGGCUUGCCGCGGAGGUAGCGCUCCCAGUAUCCUUGCUUCCAGAAGCGGAAACCCUCCAUUUCGGUGCGCGAGUCACACAUGGGAGUGAAUCCAUAUGGUGCGCCCUCGAGGUCGAGAUUGACGAGAUCCAUCAUGUCAGUGCGGACAAUCUGGUCAGCGUCCACAAAAAUGACCUUGUCGAGGGAGAGCGGGAAGAGGACGUCGAGGAAGAGAAUCUUGUAGCCCCAAAUCUCACGUUGCUUCUCUUUCUGUUGUCGCAACCAAUGCGGCCAUUUGUAAGUGACCAUUUCAUACUUGAAUCCGUACUCCUUGGCCAGUUCAGGGAUGAAAUCCUUGAAUGACGGCGAUAAGAAUUGCUCGAUGAACCAAAACUUGACAGUCCUUUUCGUAUGCUUCAUAACGGAAACCAUCAUGAUAUUGAGCAUUCUCUCAUACAAGUGGCCACUGGCAACGGAGAAGAUGUUGAUGUCAGCGUGCUCCUUUGCAGAGGCAGAUUUGCCGAGACCGCCCAAGAUGCCUUCAGCAAACUUGAGGCCCUUGGCUACAACACCAUCUUCAGGCUCAGCUAGCACGUCAGCUUCUUCCAUGCCAGAGUUUCGCUGCAGUCGAGGGUAUAGAGUAGUCCCUUCAAAGUCCAUUAGAACAACGCGGGUUCCUUCAUCACCAGGCACGGCGUUGUAGCCCUGCGUUCCGAUGCUCUCGAUGUUGUAAAUAUCAGCGCUGCGACCGUCCUUGAGGCGGAUGUUGUAGAAGCCGGGGUUGGCUUUGAACUGGAAGAAGCCGAGGUUUGCCAUGAUGAUAGUAUCAGUAACAUGGUCAUCAGUCUUGGUGCCUAGAACGAGUUGUGCACCGCGCGGAGCGCCUCCUUCGACUUCACGAGAGUGGCCUUCGAUCAGAAUAUGUUCCAACUCGUAUGUGGCAUCUACGUCAGAUUUGGCAGAAGACAGCUUGAUAUUGUCCAGAUCGUACACCGAAGAUUUGGCAGACACAAGCCAUGCUGGCGGAACGUCCAUUCCGGCCGUUAGGAGAGCGUCAGUGGGUAGGUUUCUGAAUGUACCACGUGGCGCCUUAACAUUUCCCCUAGCAUCAAAGGUAGGUUUAGAUUCUAGCACGUAGCGGAAGAAUCUUUUGAUAGGCAGCUCGGUAAUCUUAGUCUUGGGAUUUAGGAACAGCUUCAGGUAGACGCCAUCCAAAUCCGCAAGGACCUUCAGAAUGGGAGCCCAUUUCUGUCCCUGCUCGCUUAGGGGAUUGAUCAAACCGACCAAGUGAACUGAGGCGGUGUCUGGGUUUCCGACUUCAAUUUUAGCAUGCGUCAAAUCCCAUUUGUCAUACAAGGUGCUUCUUGUACUCGGAGCCGAAUCAAAUAUUCCUUCAGGAACAUCGGAUACAGUUGAGCGGGCGACCAGAGAGGUGAUCUUCGCAACGCUAACAGGAUCGGUAAGCUUUUCACUAAGACCAAGGUCUUCUGCCGCAGCAUACACGGGCGCAAUGCGAGCUUUGUGCUCAAUAUCAAGUAAAAGGCUGAAAUCAUCGGCAAGGAAUGGCGCAUCGGCCAGAAUAGGGCCGACCACUCGUCCGUUGAGCAAGACGUAAUUGUGACCGGAUAAUAGCUUAGCGGAUGAGAGAAGCAAUUCUAAAGACUUUUGGACUUUGGUAGAAGAUGUGGCUGAUUCUAGGCUCUUCACCAGUGCCCCCAAUUGAGAUUCGUCCGUUACAAGCUUCAGCUCAUCUUCCUUUGUCUUUAGGGCUGACUGUAUACCGGUUGUAGGGGCAUCAGCGGCUGGGUUGUGUACAAAGUCUAAGCGGACACCGUCGUUCUGUCGCUUAAAUUCCAAAGCAGCCAAAACGAGGGCACGGCCUUCUGCAGAUGUGAAAUCAGAGAUGAUGGAGAACGCUGCCCAAAAUUCCUUGGCAGAGUCUUUGCUUGCUUCGAAGGUUGGUGUGUUCUGGAAGAGAUCCUCAUAGUUGGAAUAAAUUGCGUUGACAUCUAGGACCUGAGGCUUUCCCUCACCGCCGGACAGGUAUGGGUUGCGUCUUAAGGCUGCACUGGUCAAGAAAACAGCCUCUGCAAUCGAUUCUUCGUCAGUGAGCUCGCCUUGGAAAAUGGCCCUCUGCACAGUCUGCAGAUCUUCGGUAAUCUGCAUACCAAGACUCUGCAUCCACGAUUCAGAGCGGGUGUGAAUAGCGCCGUUUACAAACAUGACUUUGCCAUCUGCAGCCGAAGCUUUCAAUCUAGACUGCCAUUUCUCGGCAGACUUGACUUGUUCGCCAUAUAGUUCAGACGAUUGGAUUUUUUCCAGCUCCAAGAUUUUUUUAUCAGCAGAGGGUUCGUUAGAAGUGGCAACAUGGUCCAGUGCUGCUUUAUCGUCGGCUUUGUUAGUCUUUGCUUCCAAGAGGGUGGCUAACCCGGGUAAUCCAUAUGUAUCCAUGAUGUAGUAGACAAGUUUAGCGGUGGACUCCAAUCUUGCUGAGGACAGUGCAGGUACGAGGCCAAAUCGGACUGUGAUGCCGCGAUUUACCAAAGUGAGAAGUUGGGUGAGCAUUUCAAUAUCCUCGCUGUCGUCGAAGUCGACAGGUGUAACUGCAUGAAAGAUAUUAAGACCGACUGGUGGAAUGGUUCCAGGGUACGCGCGUUGAAGAAGAGCGCGCGGAGUUUUAGGAUGGUCUUUGUAUUGUUCAUCAUUCUCCAAGUCAUUGAGCCAGACUAGUGCAUUAUUGUCUUCAGUGCCGUCUCGCCAAUCGUAACGAAGACUUGCACUGUCAUCGCUGUUUGCCUCGGCAACCUUUUCGUGGCCCAGCAGGGAAACAACUUCCUUGCUAGAGAAGCCAAGGCUGGUAGCCUCGUUGAGCAUCUGUCUUUCGCGGCGCAGCAUGCUAAUCAAAGCAAAAGGCUGAAUCUGCCGAUCGGUGAGUUGCAUACCAUUAAUCCAAAGAACGUUUACGCCGACGGGAACUCUCUGUUCUGCAGCCUGUUCAUAUUCUUUGGCAAAUUCCUCUGAAACAACAUGUCGUGCAACAAUGGAGGAGUAGCGAGGGAAGUCUUGGGUUAGCUUAAUAAGAGUUUCGAAGGGAUUUUUGCUUUGCUGGAUAAAAGACGCCGCUUUCAUCCCUAUGCCUUCAAGAUCAGAGCUAGAGAGGGGAGCAAUAUCAGACAAUUCUUCCUCAUCCUCACGCUCUAGGCUACCAGUAUCCUGGUUCUUUUCUUUAGGGCUGUCUUGGGAUCCGGCAUCUCGAUCAUCAAUGACAAUGUAGUCGGUUCUCUUCAGCGCGAGUUCCACACCGUAUCCACUGACUGGUAGGGGAUUGGUUUGAAGAGUGUUGGGGCGACGAUAGCGAAGGCGGUAUCGGACAUCGCCAGCGGCGGCCAUCUUGGAUAUUUCUUGGUGGUAAGAUCCAAAUUUCGGUGAAGUUGGGUCAGCAUAUAAAAUGGCAUCCUUUCCUGAUCCUAGUGUUCUGUCAAACUCAACAUGUUCGGUUUGG